UUUAGUCGUAAUUGCAUGCUUAAAAUAGGAAGAGAUGGAAAUUUGUGUGUUGAAGUUUUUAUGCUUUAGAAGGAAAAUAUUGAUAAGGAAUUGACGGAUUGAGUAAAUUGGAUAAAAUUGUAGACGUAUUGAUAAACUGUGAAUUUUAAAACUUGUUCAUCAGUUACAAACCUAUCUUAAUAUGUUACAGUUGUUAAUGGGAGGUAAUUUCACAGCAAAGCCCAAGUUGUGCUUUAAAUUGCUAUUUGAAGGAAGACAACUUCUUACACAACUUGUUUAAAAACUGCAAAAUGAAGUUGUUACAUUCAAAUUUACAUGAAAACAUUAAUAUUUAGCCAAUACAUGGAACUAUUUACCUGGCAGAAAAUAUCAUUACCUAAAUGAGCGGAGUGUAAUGAUUGGAUUUAAAUAGACUGCGAUAGGCUGAAGCUGACUGUAGUCAUGGCGAGUACAUGGAGCAGAUUGUCGGCAACUCUCAACAAGAAAAGGCUUAGUGGUAACAAGAUAACCAAAAUCAGAGAUGCAGACAAACCAGUUAUAUCACCGCCUCUCAACUUUGAACAUACAGUACAUGUUGGGUUUGAUCCUCUCACAGGAGAAUUCACUGGGAUGCCAGAGUCCUGGGCGAGAUUAUUAUCUCAGUCAAAUAUCUCCAUAUCGGAACAGAAGAAAAAUCCACAGACAGUUCUAGAUGUGCUCAACUUUUAUGAAUCUUCAACAAAAGAGAAAGAAGAAUCAAAACAGAAAUUUUUAACAAAUAUUAAACCACCUAGUGCCAAUUCCCUUAGACCAACAUUGUCAGAUAAUAUCACACAAAAUAGUACCCCUGCAAUAUCUCCGCCUCCUCCUAAACCAGUAGAAACUUCGGGGCCUGGUACACCAGAGGAUGAAGAAGAUGAAGUUCCCCCACCCCCAAUAGCAGCUAGACCAGAUAAAACCAAAUCCAUUUAUACAAAACCAGUUGAAGAUGAGAAGCCAAACGGAACACAGGUAAACAAAAAUGACAGACCAAAGAAGAAAAAAAUGACAGAUGAAGAGAUCAUAGAAAAGUUACGCACAAUUGUAUCACUAGGAGAUCCCAAUAGAAAAUACACAAAAAUGGAGAAAAUUGGCCAGGGUGCAUCUGGUACAGUAUAUAUAGCAAUAGAGGUAGCAACGGGACGUGAAGUAGCCAUAAAGGCAAUGAACCUCUCACAACAACCAAAGAAAGAAUUAAUCAUCAAUGAAAUAUUGGUGAUGAGGGAACAUCAAAAUCCUAAUAUUGUCAACUUUCUCGAUAGUUACUUGGUUGGUGAAGAAUUAUGGGUUGUAAUGGAGUAUUUGGCUGGUGGUUCUCUGACAGAUGUUGUGACGGACACGUGUAUGGAUGAAGGUCAAAUAGCGGCUGUAGCCAGAGAGUGUUUGCAAGCUUUAGAAUUUCUCCAUGAAAACAAUGUGAUACACAGAGAUAUCAAGAGUGAUAAUAUCCUGCUUGGUAUGGAUGGCAGUGUUAAACUAACUGACUUUGGUUUCUGUGCUCAACUUUCUCCUGAACAAAAUAAAAGAUCAACAAUGGUGGGAACUCCAUAUUGGAUGGCUCCUGAAGUUGUCACAAGGAAGCAGUAUGGUCCAACUGUAGAUAUUUGGAGUUUAGGAAUAAUGUGUAUAGAAAUGAUAGAAGGAGAACCACCAUAUUUAAAUGAAAACCCUAUUCGGGCAUUAUAUUUGAUUGCAACCAAUGGUAAACCCGAGAUCAAAGAGAAACACACACUGUCUCCUGUCUUCCAAGAUUUCCUUGAUAAAUGUCUGGAAGUGGAUGUAGAAAAGAGAGCUGCAGCCUCGGAAUUACUGAAGCAUCCAUUUUUACGUCUGGCCAAGCCGCUGGCUAGCCUAGUUCCACUCAUCAUGGCUUCCAAGGAAUCUCAGAAAGGGCACUAACUCUUGCUGGAAUAAGUCUCUCUUUAUAAAGAUGAAGCUUGUGAUAAAAGAUGUAAUCAAAACAUGACUGCUGGCCCCACAUUGCUUCAUCAUCAGCUUCGUAGAGUGCUUCACAUUACAUAUACAUCUGUCUGUAGCUUGAAUGCUGGAUACAAAUAAUAUUGGCUGAAUGUACAUCUAGGAUAUCAUUUACACCAGUACCUGGCAUACUGUUAACUAUUACUGGAUACCAUUUACACUUGUAUCUGGGGUGACUGUUACAUUUGAGUACGGAUACAGAUGUGAAAUAUUCUUCAUGGCUGAACCAUGGAUACAAUAAAUUUGUUAUGUAGCACAGAUUGAUCUUUUGUAAUUUUGAAUUAUUUUACAGUGCAUUAGCUAAAACAUUUGUGUAACUGAUAUUUGUGAAACCUGCUCUUGGAAAAGUAGUUUAAUCUAGACAUAGCUAACCAGAGACAACAACAAAUGCUCAUUUUGACCAUGAAUUCAUGUAAUAUUACACGAUUGGAUACAAUUUUAUGAAACUGGUUAUACAAUAUAGUAGUUUAAAUCUGUUCAGUGGAAACAUCUACAUUUGUUCAUGGUAUACACACUAUUUGAGGCGUUGUGUUUCAGGUAUAUUCCUAGGGUUAUAGAUAAUCUUGGAUACACUGAACUUAAAUGUAGUGAAUACACAUCAACUCCAUAUUAUUGAUACAGUUAGCACCUUUACCAAGGAUAAUUACUGAAUAUAUAGAGGAUAUUUGUUUGUUUUGAGUGAAUAUGGAAUAUAUCUCACUGAGAAGUGAGAAAAUUCCAAAUAUUUUCAUGAGCGCGUAGCACGAGUGAAAAUGUGAACAUUUUCUCACUUCGAGGUGAGAUAUAUUCCAUAUUCACAAAAAACAACCAUAUUUUCUUUUUAUUUUAUGCUCAAUUACGUUGAGAUGUGCAUUUUGCAACAAUUUUUAAUUUCAGCGUGGGAAACAGACGCGCGUAAACAGACAUGACGUCAGACGUGUUGCGACGUUGGAAAGACGCACACAACAUAAAGUUCCAUUUUAUUUUAUUUUUUGCUGCAUAACGUUAUGAAAUUCUUAUUAAGUAAAAGAAUUUGAAUCUAGAAAUAUACUAUAAAGAACACAGUGCGACAUCGAUUUUCAUCCUGUUUUAAGCAAAUAAUUUGAAAUUCAUACACAAUGUAUGAGAGGGCUGAGCUAUAUCUCUCACAGUGUGAAAAUAUAGAUUUCAUAUUUUCACAUUGUGAAUGAUGAGAUAUAAAAAUAUUUAACUGAUAGAAUACAGUAUUUCAUUAGUUAGCAUAAAAUAUAUUUGUGUACUUGUAACAGCCACAGCUGUGAUAAUAUCUAUAUCAAUAUAUUGAGCUCUCAUACAAAAACAUAGAAGGUGAUUGGUGCUUAACAUGAAAUACUGUGAUGUGUUUAACAUCUGAACAUGAAACUAACAGUGAGUUACAGCAAUAGCAGAGGUUCUACAAGGAAAUAUUUCAACUAUUGUAGCACUGUAUCUUGUCACCAUGAGUAAGUCAAGGUCAUGUAAAAGUAAACAUGACUUGUCAUAUUAAAAUGCAGAACUUGUUUCUUCGGAACUACCUUGUCUGCACUUACAUGUACCAUGUAUAAGAUAGUAACUUUUAGAGAGAUACGUUUCUUAUUCAUCAACACUUAUAUUUCAGUCUGCGUAUGCUUUGUCUAUACAUUAAUGUUGUAUAAUAUUAUACAAGUCUAAGACAGCUUCUGUUUUGAUCUUUUCGUUUGCUUUUGCAGGUCAUAUUCUUGUCUGCUGUAGAAUCUGAUGUUUCUUAUAUUUUUUUAAAACAUUUGGAUAUAAAAACAAAACAGGAUUAUUCCCUAAAUUUUUUUGCUAGACUAACAUGAAAAAUUAGACAUGAAGCAAGUUUUCAUAAUGGGAGUCUGUUGGAAAUUUCAAAGUUUGAUGACUUUGCGUAACAGUUGAUUUCAGUGAAACUUCUCACAGUUGUAAUCUACAUGUUUUUAUCAUACUUUCAUAUUAAAUGUAUAGAUCUGAAUGUAUGUUUUUAAAAAAUAUUUCCUGUAGUAGAAUGGAACUGCAUAUUUCAAGCUGAAUUUGUAACAUUAUUUGGAAUUUUUCAUGUGCCAUAUUUAGUAUACUAUUCAUUCUUUAGAAAGAUACUUCAAUUGCAAGGGGCCUCCACAGCUGAGAGGUUAAGGUAGCUAACUUUAAACCACUAGCCCCUCAGCUGGUUGGGUUGAGAAUGUUGCUUUGGUGUAGAAUUUUUUCAGUAAUGCUCUCAAGGACACCUGGGAUCUUCCUCCGCUGCAUAAAGCUGGACUGUUGCCUUACGACUUCAGCUGAGUCAGUGUGACAUUAAACCCAACAAAAACCAAAAAAAACAAAAAAACUAAGAUUACAUGAUUUAUAUGUGAACGCCCAGUUUGCUGGUGAUUUGUGGUGUGAUUCUGAAUGCCAGAUCCAGAUUUUAUUCUAUGUCAUAUGGAUAAAUGAUGUAACAGUGUAACUUACAGUUUAUCAAACAUGCAGAACUACCUUACCUGAUAUUACUCUUUGUGAAAAUUUAUUUUGAUUGUUGAUUUUAUAGAAAUGCUAUGGAAUAUAAAUCAUGGAUAAUUGUGUAGAGAUGUUUUAUUUGGUAAUAUUACAAAUAGUAACUCUGCAGAAGGGUCCAUUUUGUUUCUUUUUUUCAUCUGCAUUGUUUUUGUUAGCUCACCUGUCACAAAGUGACAAGGUGAGCUUUUGUGAUCGCGCGGUGUCCGUCGUCCGUCCGUGCGUGCGUGCGUCCGUAAACUUUUGCUUGUGACCACUCUAGAGGUCACAUUUUUCAUGGGAUCUUUAUGAAAGUUGGUCAGAAUGUUCAUCUUGAUGAUAUCUAGGUCAAGUUCGAAACUGGGUUACAUGCCUUCAAAAACUAGGUCAGUAGGUCUAAAAAUAGAAAAACCUUGUGACCUCUCUAGAGGCCAUAUAUUUCAUGAGAUCUUCAUGAAAAUUGGUCAGAAUGUUCAUCUUGAUAUCUAGGUCAAGUUCGAAACUGGGUGACGUGCCAUCAAAAACUAGGUCAGUAGGUCAAAUAAUAGAAAAACCUUGUGACCUCUCUAGAGGCCAUAUAUUUCACAAGAUCUUCAUGAAAAUUGGUCAGAAUGUUCACCUUGAUGAUAUCUAGGUCAAGUUCGAAAGUGGGUCACGUGCCGUCAAAAUCUAGGUCAGUAGGUCAAAUAAUAGAAAAACCUUGUGACCUCUUUAAAGGCCACAUUUUUCAUAGGACCUGUAUGAAAGUUGGUCUGAAUGUUCAUCUUGAUAAUAUCUAGGUCAAGUUUGAAACUGGGUCACGUGCGGUCAAAAACUAGGUCAGUAGGUCUAAAAAUAGAAAAACCUUGUGACCUCUCUAGAGGCCAUAUAUUUCAUGAGAUCUUCAUGAAAAUUGGUCAGAAUGUUCACCUUGAUGAUAUCUAGGUCAAGUUCGAAAGUGGGUCACGUGCCGUCAAAAACUAGGUCAGUAGGUCAAAUAAUAGAAAAACCUUGUGACCUCUCUAGAGGCCAUAUUUUUCAUGGGAUCUGUAUGAAAGUUGGUCUGAAUGUUCAUCUUGAUGAUAGCUAGGUCAAGUUCGAAACAGGGUCAUGUGUGGUCAAAAACUAGGUCAGUAGGUCUGUAAAUAGAAAAACAUUGUGACCUCUCUAGAGGCCAUACUUGUGAAUGGAUCUCCAUAAAAAUUGGCCAGAAUGUUCACCUUGAUGAUAUCUAGGUCAAAUUUGAAACUGGGUCACGUGCCUUAAAAAACUAGGUCAGUAGAUCAAAUAAUAAAAAAACCUUGUGACCUCUCUAGAGGCCAUACUUUUCAUGGGAUCUGUAUGAAAGUUGGUCUGAAUGUUCAUCUUGAUGUUAUCUAGGUCAAGUUCGAAACAGGGUCAUAUGCGGUCAAAAACUAGGUCAGUAGGUCUAAAAAUAGAAAAACCUUGUGACCUCUCUAGAGGCCAUACUUGUGAAUGGAUCUCCAUAAAAAUUGGUCAGAAUGUUCACCUUGAUGAUAUCUAGGUCAAGUUUGAAACUUGGUCACAUGCCUUAAAAAACUAGGCCAGUAGGUAUAAAAAUAGAAAAACCUUGUGACCUCUCUAGAGGCCAUAUUUUUCAUGAGAUCUUCAUGAAAAUUAGUGAGAAUGUUCACAUUGAUGAUAUCUAGGUAAAAUUCAAAACAGGGUCACCUACCUUCGAAAACUAGGUCAAUAGGUCAAAUAAUAGAAAAACCUUGUGACCUCUCUAGAGACCAUAUUUUUCAAUGGAUCUUCUUGAAAAUUGGUCAGAAUUUUUAUCUUGAUAAUAUCUAGGUCAAGUUCAAAACUGGGUCACAUGAGCUCAAAAACUAGGUCACUAUGUCAAAUAAUAGAAAAAACGACGUCAUACUCAAAACUGGGUCAUGUGGGAAGAGGUGGGCGAUUCAGGACCAUCAUGGUCCUCUUGUUUGUUUUAUUAUGUGGGCCAAUUCUAUUUCUUUUUAUGUGUUAUUAUAUGCUGAUGCAAUGGACACCAAAACCUAAGGGUAUCAUUAAAAUGCUCAUCAACUGCUUUUGGCCCUGCCAUGUAAUUUUUGUGAAAGUAAUUUUAGCUUGUAAUGACCUGGCUUCAAGUUUAUAACACAGAAUCAUAAGACCAGUCUCACAAUGCUGCUUUGCUAUUGGUCAGUUUCAAAAAUGAGGUUAGAAUCAUCCAAUCAGAUCGUGGAGCUUUCAGACUGGUCACCAAACUCUUGUUUUUUAACCUUGAACCCAGGUGUAAAUGUAAUUGAUAAUUUUAGAGGGUGUGGAAUGUAGAAUUUAUGAAAUUCACUUUUUAUAUUAAUAAAGAUAAAACACAACGGGACUGUAGUCUGUCUUAAGGUGUAAAAAUAACAGUGAUAUGGAAAAACAUUAUCAUGCAAUGUUGAGACAUGGUAUAUGCAGUAGAUAUAUUGUGAUGUUAGAAGCAUAAUCCCUUUAUAGCAUAGUAACUUGUAAAAUGAGAGUUUGUUUAUGUAAUCUGUUGUCAUGAGUAAUUGAGAAAGUGAAUUAGGGGGUGGUAUUUUGUUGGCAUAAAAGAUUGUCAGGCUGACAGUCUGGCCUAGUCAUGACAGGUCUAGUUAUAGUUAUGACAGGCAGUCUAAGAUUAUGACUAGCCAAGUCAUGAUUAUGUUAGGACUUACUUUAUGCACAAAUGUUAAACUUUCCUUGAAUGUGUGGAAAUCUCUCCAAAGGUUUGAUAUAUCACAGCAUGACGUAAUAUAAAGAACAGAUUUAUUGACCAGCCUUUCACAUGUAAACAUAGGCAUCCUUUUUGAUAAUUGGUAUGUAAAUAAAAAAAUGCAUAAUUGACCAAAAUGUUCAAUAAUUUAUCAGCUUUGUCUCUCAUGAAUGAACUCCAAAUGAUACAAGAAGAGAUACAAAGAUAAAUUUGUUACUUGCUUUUUCUGUGAAAUGAUAUCUGUAUUUCCCCUUUGUUGUGACUUAAAAUAAGUUUGAUUUUGUUCUGCCCUUUAUGUAAUAUUUAAACACAAAAUUUCUACUGUUUUAAGCCAGCAUCUCCAACUGUGCUGAAUGUUAUGAUAUAACCAGAAUGUUUACUUUGACAAGACACAAAAACAGUAAAGAAAAUGUUUCAUUUUUCCCCCAUUUGAUCUCUUAAGUGUUUUUUUGAUCUCUUCAUUUUAGAUAAGUAGAUAGGAAAAAUGGUCUUUCAUCUGUUUGGGUUAAUCAUAUAACACUGUUUUAGCCUGUGUUACAUAUAAUAGAUACUGAAUUGACAAUGAUGUUGCUCUUAAUCAGUCAACUUGCACUGAAGCUAUUAUUUUAUCAUCUGGAAACUUGUUGAUCUAGAAGUCCAAAAACAGUUCUUCAUUUGAAAGGGUUAUAAAUUUAGAUUGAAAUAUAAAUAAAUAUAAAGGGAUGACAUUUAGAAUCGGUGUAGUACUUUGUACUGAUGGAACUUCACAUAGCUGUUUGUAUCUGCAGAUUAAACAUUCCUGCAAUCUGUACUAAUGUAACAAUGACAGAGCAAAAAAAAAAUAGAAAAAUUGGGCAUUUUGAAGUCUUCAUUGAAAACAUCAGACUACAGAUUGUUGGUGUCACAGAUGUACUCAACAGACUGUUCUUUUGAGUAAAAAAAAACAAAUACUUUCCCAUUUAUUUACUAACCUAUGAAGUACAAACUGUAAUGUACAUGUAAUGAGAAUUGGUCCCGAUAUAGUAAUUAUGUUACAGAUAUAUUCUUUGCAAUCUGAAAUUUGAAUUGAGCAAUUAUAACCGUUGACCUUUCCCUACUUAGCGUAUAUUUUGUACAUAGCUUUACAAGCGAUCAUUGGCCUAGUCUUUUUGAAUGUAACUUGCAUAGUCUUUUUGUGCAAAACAUUUUGUAGAAUUAUGUGAUGUUGGUAAUUUAUACAUUUUUUAUGUAUUUUAUACAAGUUUUUAAUCCAUUCUCACAUGUAUAUAUUAUAUAUGUAUAUAGUGUUGUAGCCUUGAACACAAGUAUGUAUUUUUCCUCUAGAAUGGUAAUGUAUGUUUUUUCUUUGAUAUAGCUUUUUUCAUACACCUCUUCUUGAUGAUUUUUCAACUGUUAUAUAAUUUAGGAUCCUCUUGAAGCACAGGAUGCAACCUGGUUAAACAAUAGAAGAUUCUGUUUAUGCAUGCCCAGUGACGGCAAUGACGGCAUACCCUCUUUGUAAAUAAUGUGUGGAAAUCAUGUGUCACUUUGUUGACCAAUAAUUUUUGUUGACAGUUUUUCUACUUCGAUGAACUUUUUUAACCAAUGAGGUUUGUUUUCUAUUAAUUUGAUGACAACAUGAAAUUUAAUUAAGCAUUGAUUAUGCAAAAAUAGUCGGAACUUACCAAGAUUAAUUGAUAUAUACUAUCUGUAGAAGACUAGAUUUUUACAGUAUAAAACUCUGUUUUUUAUAUGUCUGAACAUUCUUUGUUUGUAAUGGUGUUUUACUGACCUUUUAGGUGAGUGAAGAAUUUUAGAACUUGAACUAACACAGGAAUAUAGAAAUGAAAUUUUGCAGCUUAUGUGCUUUAGAAAUUUAGUGCUAUUUGUGAUGUUUGGGUAAUUUGUGUUUGUGAAGUUUGCUAACUGUAGUUUUAAGGUGUAUCAAAUAUGCCUGCCCAUAUUGUAGUAAUAAUUGGAUUUGGGUUGCCAGUCAGUCUGACAUUGUGUAUGCAUUGAGAUAUAAUGAUAAAAAACAGCUAAAUAUGUUUUUGCAAAUAAAUACUUCAACAUGGAAAAUUGAGAUAUAAAAGGAAAGUAAGAAAUUUUUAAUGGAAGCGAUAAUGGUUACAAGCAUAUUUUUUUUAAAUCAAAACAUUAAUUUUGAUAACUGAACGAUUUGUUGUAGAAAUCAAACAUUACCUUCUAAAUGAGAGAUUUGAGAUUUUAUAAAUGAUGAUUAUUUUGUAGUAGGAACUGCCAUUGUAGCUAUCUAUAGGAAAUACUUUCUAUUUUGUUUAUGGCAGGGCUGCUCAACAUUUAUUUUUCCUACAAUGUAGAAUUUGAUUAAAAAAAGCCACAUUUUGAUGAAAAUGUAGUCAGUUUAAAAGACAGUGUGUGUGUCUGCUUUUUGCUGGACUUACUUGAAAUAUUUGAAUUCAAAAAGUUUUCAUUAUUUGAGUCUAUUAUGGGAAAACACCCUUUAUGACAUUUUUACAUAGAGAAAAAAAUAUAUGGUGAAGAUUUUAAUGAAACAUUAUCUGGAAUUGUUUACAUGUCGGCUUUUUGUUAUAACUUUUUCUAUUUACAUUAAUUUCAGUUAAUAGAGUGUCUGCCAUUAUGUCAUAUCAUUAUUAACUUUCUGAAUGCCAAAUACUGGUUUAUUUAUAGGUUAUCUGGAUAAAUGAAGCCAAGUUGUAACUUGUAGAAUCACCUUAAGUAAAUGAACAUGUGGAAUCGCCUUAAGUAACCAAAACUUUCUCCCUUUAUGUUUACCAGGUGCAGCUCGAGCUAAUGUUUACAUGAAUUAGUAUGAUAAGCUGGAUAGAAUAUGCACAAAUCAAAAUGUUUUAAUUUAAAAAAAUGAACCACAUUAUGUAAAAAGGUACCACAAAAACCAUAUAGUAUUUUUCAGGUUGUCUCAUUCAUUUUGUCUAAUUUUGCGUCGGAUAGAAAUUUUGAAUAUGCUGGAAAUCGGUUAUAGAAAUACUUUAAUUCAGUAUUGACAUGGGUUUUUUGUUGUUUUUAACAUAAUGUUGUACCUCUUUCUGUGUUAUGACUCAGAUGUAUAAAAAGGUUACCGUAGUGAAAUGUGGAAGUAGUGUAACUGCUAGAAUUUAUGUUUCAUGAUAAUUAUAUAAUUGUGUGACACUUGGUAUGUAAAAUACUUUUAUGUGAGAAAGCAAUCCCGGUUAGUGGUUCUACCCAGGUGUAUGAACAUACAUGUAAUAGUGUCUAGAGUUGCCACUUGAUUACUUUUAAAUACAAGAUAGAAAUUUGACAUAUGGCCAUGUAACAUAAAACUCAAACCCUUAAACCCUAAACUGUAGGAUUGCAUCAGACUUUGAUUAGUUUAAUUUUAGAGAAACAAUAUGUGUCCUGUGGACACCCUGUCUUUGCCAGUUUGACCCUCUUGUACACAUGUAUACAAUCUUCAUCCACAAAGUCAAUAGAAUCAAAUUAUAAUAAUUUGCAUAACAUGAUUGAUAAACUCAUCCUUAUGUCAGUGUGACGUUUUGUCAUUUUGGUAGAAAAUAAAGAUAAAUGGAAUGACAA